AUGCUUCAAAUCAUUUACUAUUUUUCUCUUUCUCUCUCUCUCUCGCUUCCCUCUCUUUUCUUAGGCAGCACAUCGAAUCCCGAUGCUAAGCGCCUCUACGACGAUCUCCUCAGCAACUAUAACAAAUUGGUGCGUCCCGUUGUCAAUGUGACUGACGCCGUAACUGUACGCAUCAAAUUGAAGCUAUCACAAUUGAUUGAUGUCAAUUUAAAAAAUCAAAUCAUGACAACCAAUUUGUGGGUGGAACAAACCUGGUACGAUUACAAACUCCAAUGGGAGCCGAAAGAGUAUGGCGGUGUUGAAAUGUUGCAUGUGCCCUCCGAUCAUAUAUGGCGGCCGGAUAUUGUGUUGUAUAAUAACGCCGAUGGAAAUUUCGAAGUGACGUUAGCCACAAAGGCCACUCUCAACUAUACGGGCCGCGUCGACUGGCGGCCACCGGCGAUUUAUAAGAGCUCCUGCGAAAUCGAUGUCGAGUACUUCCCAUUCGACGAACAGACGUGUGUGAUGAAAUUCGGCAGUUGGACAUAUGAUGGUUUUCAGGUGGAUCUUCGGCAUAUCGACGAACUCAACGGCACAAAUGUUGUAGAAGUUGGUGUGGACUUAUCAGAAUUUUACACAUCAGUCGAAUGGGAUAUAUUAGAAGUUCCUGCAGUGCGGUAA